UCGGGCCGGCUGGGGACGGCGCGGCCGCCGCCGGGGGAGGUCGGUGCCCGCCGAGGCCAUCGCGCCGCGGGGAAGCGGAGCAAAGGUCCAGCUGCCUGGCCCAGCAGACCAUGAACAAGAUGAAGAACUUCAAACGCCGCUUCUCCCUGUCAGUGCCACGCACAGAGACCAUUGAAGAGUCCUUGGCCGAGUUCACAGAACAGUUCAACCAGCUACACAGCCUGCGCCAAGGUGACCUACAGCUCGGGCCUCUGGGCAGAGAGCCUCAGGCAGAGUGUAGCGCCGGCUCCCCCAGUGAUGCAGACGCAGACACAGACAGUGCCUCGGUGUCUCGGGAGCUGCACCCCGGCCUGCAAUAUCGGCUACAGGGCCAGCGCCGCUUCUCCAUGGAGGAUGUCAGCAAAAGGCUCUCUUUGCCCAUGGACAUCCGCCUGCCCCAGGAAUUCCUGCAGAAACUCCAGCUGGAGAGCCCAGACCUGCCCAAACCGCUGAGCCGCAUGUCCCGCCGCGCAUCCCUUUCAGACAUCGGCUUCGGGAAACUGGAAACGUACGUGAAACUGGACAAACUGGGUGAGGGGACUUACGCCACAGUCUUCAAGGGGCGCAGCAAACUGACCCAGAACCUCGUGGCCCUGAAGGAGAUCCGGCUGGAGCAUGAGGAGGGGGCCCCUUGCACUGCCAUCCGAGAGGUGUCUCUGCUGAAGAAGCUGAAGCACGCCAACAUCGUGACACUGCACGACCUCGUGCACACCGAGCGCUCCCUCACCCUGGUGUUCGAAUACCUGGACAGCGACCUGAAGCAGUACCUGGACCACUGUGGCAGCCUCAUGAGCAUGCACAAUGUCAAGAUUUUCAUGUUCCAGCUUCUCCGUGGCCUUGCCUACUGCCACCAGCGCAAGAUCUUGCACCGGGACCUGAAACCACAGAAUCUGCUCAUAAACGAGCGUGGGGAGCUGAAGCUGGCGGACUUUGGCCUGGCCCGGGCCAAGUCAGUGCCCACGAAGACCUACUCCAAUGAGGUGGUGACAUUAUGGUACAGGCCCCCAGAUGUGCUACUGGGGUCCACACAGUACUCCACCCCCAUCGACAUGUGGGGUGUGGGCUGCAUUCACUACGAGAUGGCCACAGGGAGGCCCCUCUUCCCGGGCGCCACGGUCAAGGAAGAGCUGCACCUCAUCUUCCGCCUCCUCGGGACCCCUACGGAGGAGACCUGGCCCGGGGUGACAGCCCUGUCGGAGUUCCAAGCCUAUGGCUUCCCCCAGUACCUUCCACAGCCGCUCCUCAACCACGCUCCCAGGUUGGACACUGAUGGCAUCAGCCUCCUGACCAGCCUCCUACUGUACGAGUCCAAGAGGCGCAUCUCAGCAGAGGAGGCCCUGAACCACCCCUACUUCGGAUCCCUGGGCGAGCGUGUGCACCAGCUGGAGGACACGGCAUCUGUCUUCUCCCUGAAGGAAGUACAGCUUCAGAAAGACCCAGGCUACCGGGGUGUGGCUUUUCAUCAGCCAGGACGUGGGAAGAACCGACGACAGAGCAUCUUCUGAGUCGUCUCCCCACUAAACCCAGAAGUCUCUGGGCAUCCCCCUGAGGAGGGGGGAGCGCCCUGCUGGCCAUGGCAUGUGGCCCCCCGCCCUGGGGCAGGCAGGAGUGGCUUCCCUGGGAGGAGUUGGGGGUCAUGAAGAAACCCCAGACCUUCUUGGAGGAUGCAGAUGCAGCAUUGGACCUUCAAACAGAAUUCAGGCCCCAGGGAGUGUGUUCCUCUGGACACGAUACCCUGCUGGGCCCAGCUGCCUCACUCUGUAGUACUUCAGGCCCCGGAAGCUACGUUUCCUCCACCUUCUCCCCAGAACAAGCACUUUGUCUGGGUGCCGACCUGUGUGCCAAAGCCACCCCCACUGAGGGGCAGGACCCCAGGCUGGCAGAGUCUAGUAAUGCUCCUGUCCCCUCACACACCCAUAUGCUGCUGACCCCAGCUGCAUAGGCCACUUCACUGCCCCAAAUCCCGCAUGCCUGCUCUCUGGGUGCUGCCUGGAAUACUACUUGUGCAUCCCUUUCCUGGGUGGUUCCUGGAGCAGUACCCAGGUAGGCAGGGACACCUGACUCUGGUGCCAGCCAGCCUGGUAACACAUACUGUUCCCAGUACCGGCCUCCCCAGAGGGCACACUCAGAAGGGUGUGGGUGCCAGUUGGAGGUCGGAAGUAGGCCCUGAAGGUGCCCUCACCACCCCCAUUAGGCAUCAUCUGUUCCUAUGUUCCCUGCCCUCUGGGCUGACCUGUCCACGCCUGGCUCUGUCCAAGCCCCGCCCCACCCUGCCCCGCCCUCUGUACUGUGAACUCUGUGACUCAGCACAAAGAUAAUAUAUUUAAUUCAUGUCAAA